AUGAGGAAGCCCCGGAGGAGGCCGCGGCUGCGCGCGGAGCAGGGGCGCUCGCCCUCGCCCUACGGCCUCCCCUGCUCCCCGGCGCGUGAGACGCUCACGUACGCCCAGGCGCAGCGCAUGGUGGAGGUGGACAUCGACGGGCGGCUCCAUCGCAUCAGCAUCUACGAUCCCUUGAAGAUCAUCACCGAGGAUGAGCUGACUGCCCAGGACAUCACGGAGUGCAACAGCAACAAGGAAAACAGCGAGCAGCCCCUUUUCCCUUCCAAAUCAAARAAGACACCUUCGAAAGGCAAGAAGAAGGAGUCGUGCUCCAAACAUGCUCCAGGGACAUCUUUACAUUUACCCCAGCCCAACUUCCGUGUCGUGGACUCCUUCAGCCAGCCAGAAGCCCUGGCUCUCCCCGCUGCCUACUACCGGUACAUCGAGAAGCCCUCCGAGGACCUCGAUGUGGAGGUGGAGUAUGACAUGGACGAGGAGGACCUGGCGUGGCUAGAGAUGGUCAAUGAGAAGAGGAGAGAUGAUGGCUACGGGACAGUUUCUGCUGACACUUUUGAGCUGCUGGUGGAUCGGCUGGAGAAGGAGUCGUACCUGGAGAGCCGCAGCAGCGGCGCCCAGCAGUCCCUCAUCGACGAGGACGCCUUCUGCUGCGUCUGCAUGGAYGACGAGUGUCACAACAGCAACGUCAUCCUGUUCUGCGACAUCUGCAACUUGGCUGUUCACCAGGAGUGUUACGGCGUGCCCUACAUCCCCGAGGGGCAGUGGCUUUGCCGCUGCUGCUUGCAGUCCCCUUCUCGCCCCGUGGAUUGUGUCCUUUGUCCCAACAAAGGGGGAGCCUUCAAGCAGACCAGCGAUGGGCGCUGGGCACACGUGGUUUGCGCCAUCUGGAUCCCGGAGGUCUGCUUUGCAAACACCGUGUUCCUGGAGCCCAUCGAAGGCAUCAGCAACAUYCCCCCUGCUCGCUGGAAGCUCACGUGCUACAUCUGCAAGCAGAAAGGCAUGGGAGCCGCCAUCCAGUGUCACAAGGUGAACUGUUACACUGCCUUCCAUGUCACCUGUGCCCAGCGGGCUGGGCUCUUCAUGAAGAUUGAACCCAUGCGAGAGACCAGCAUCAAUGGCACGACGUUCACGGUGCGCAAAACCGCCUACUGUGAGAGCCACUCCCCACCCGGGACCAAGGCGAGAAAAAGGUCUCCGGGUGCUGCCGGUGAUGGGGAGGAGGACAUUGUGAAAGAGGACAGAGGGGGAGAAGCCAAGUCUGGCCCUCCCAAAGGCUCCCUGAAAAAGAAUAAAGUGAAAUUGAAGCAGAAAAUCAAAAGGGAGCCUGGUGAUGUGGCUGGUGCGCGUUCGUGUUUGCCCAUGGUGACAGUCACGCAGAUCCCAUCGUACAGGCUGAACAAAAUCUGCAGCGGCCUCCCUCUGCAGAGGAAGAACCAGUUCAUGCAGAGGCUGCACAACUACUGGCUGCUGAAGCGCCAGGCGAGGAAYGGGGUGCCCCUCAUCCGCCGCCUGCACUCGCACCUGCAGUCCCAGAGGACCGCGGAGCAGAAGGAGCAAGAUGAGAAGACCAGUGCGGUGAAGGAAGAGCUGAAGUACUGGCAGAAGCUGCGGCAUGACUUGGAGCGGGCCCGGUUGCUCAUUGAGCUGAUCCGGAAGAGGGAGAAGCUCAAACGGGAGCAGGUGAAGGUUCAGCAGGCUGCCAUGGAGCUCCAUCUGACCCCUUUCAAUGUCCUUCUGCGCACAACGCUGGACCUGCUGCAGGAGAAGGAUGCUGCCCAGAUCUUUGCCGAGCCCGUUAACCUGAAUGAGGUUCCAGAUUACCUGGAAUUCAUUUCCAACCCAAUGGAUUUUUCCACCAUGAGGCGGAAGCUGGAGUCCCACCUGUACCGAACGUUGGAUGAGUUUGAGGAAGACUUUAACCUUAUAGUUACCAACUGCAUGAGGUAUAAUGCUAAAGACACCAUUUUCCACCGAGCAGCUGUCCGACUCCGAGACCUCGGAGGAGCGAUUUUGCGUCACGCACGGCGGCAGGCCGAAAGCAUUGGCUUUGACACUGAUGUGGGGAUUCACCUGCCCGAGUCACCCAAAACCAAGGACUUUUACCGCUUUUCUUGGGAGGAUGUGGAUAACAUCCUGGUGCCCGAGAACCGGGCCCACCUCUCCUUGGAGGUGCAGCUGAAGGAGCUGCUGGAGAAGCUGGAYGUGGUGAGCAGCAUGCGCUCCAGCGGCGCCCGCACGCGCCGCGUCCGCCUCCUGAGGCGCGAGAUCAACUCCCUGCGCCAGAAGCUGGCCCAGCAGCAGAGCCAGGGCCUGCCCCACGGCAAGGGGCAAGAGGGCCCGGAUGAAGCAUCGAGGGAAGGGGAGAGAGAUGAGGCCAGGCUGCGGCAUCCUCCCACCCUGGAGCCCACRGGCCCCGUGCCCUCGCUUUCGGAGCUGGAUUCCCUGCAGGAGCCUCCGAUGCUGAAGCCCAUCCACGAGAGCGGGUCCUUGGGUGUGCCGCCCAAGCGGGUGGUGGCGGACGGGGAGCUCUUCGACAGGGCGACGCUGCAGCGGGAGAGCCAGGCCUUCCAGCGGCUGCUCAGCGACAACGGCCUCAACGGGCUGGCCCUGCCCGACGCGGCCGCUGGGCCCCCGUUCAGCGGCGUUGGCCGCCGGACGUCCGUCCUGUUCAAGAAAGCCAAGAACGGCGUGAAGCUGCAGAGGGGCCUCGAGGGCUCCCUGGAGAAUGGCGAGGAGGCCGCGCGCCCCGCGCGGAAGCGGCCGCGGAGCGGGAGCUGCAGUGAGAGCGACGGCGAGAGGUCGCCCGGGCGGGCGGCACGCGCAGGAGUGACCAAUGGUUUUGGGAAGCACCUGGAAAGCGGCUCCGACUCGGAGGGCGGCCCCGGCCUGGGCGCCGGGCCGGUGCUGGAUGCACACGGUGGCUUGAUGCCGCCCAAGCGAAGCCGAGGGAAACCAGCCCUGACUCGGGUGCCCUUCUUGGAAGGUGUCAACGGCAGCUCCGAUUAUGGCAGCUCAGGCAGGACUCUCCUGAUGUCCUUCGAGAGUCAAGCCAAGCUGGAGCCCUUGGAGCUCGUGUGGGCCAAGUGCCGUGGUUAUCCCUCCUACCCUGCCUUGAUAAUCGACCCCAAGAUGCCGCGGGAGGGUCUGCUGCACAACGGUGUUCCCAUCCCCGUGCCCCCCGCGGAGGUGCUGAAGCUGGGCGAGCAGAGGCAGACGGAGGCCGCCGAGAAGCUCUUCCUUGUCCUCUUCUUCGACAAUAAGAGAACCUGGCAGUGGCUGCCGCGCGACAAGGUCUUCCCGCUCGGGGCCGAUGACACCGUGGACAAGCUGAAGAUGCUGGAAGGCCGCAAGAGCAGCAUCCGCAAGUCCGUGCAGGUGGCCUACGACCGCGCCAUGGUUCACCUGAGCCGCGUGCGGGGUGAUCACCCCUUCGUCCCCUCCAGCUACCUGUAGGGGACAGGGUCGUUCGCGCUUCCAUGGGGCUCCUCGAGACACCCGUUUAUGUGCCAAAAAGCCAAACCUGCCCAGCGCCC